GUCUCAUGCAAAACGUAGAAUUUUAAAAGCAAAAUUCAAACCCAUAAUAAAUAAUCAUCUGUCAAAUGGACAAGCUAACGAAUGCCCAGGCCCAGGAGGAGGAGGAGGAGGGUCCCCUCAGCGUGGCCAAAUUAAUGGGAGGCAGCAUUACGGCCAAGGACAUCAAACUGCUGCAACAGGCCAGUUUUCACACCGUGGAAGCGGUGGCCAAUGCCACCAAGAAGCAACUGAUGGCUAUUCCCGGCCUGGGUGGCGGCAAAGUGGAGCAGAUCAUUACGGAGGCCAACAAACUGGUGCCACUGGGCUUCCUCAGCGCCCGCACGUUUCAUCAGAUGCGUGCGGAUGUGGUGCAGCUGAGCACGGGCUCCAAAGAGCUGGACAAGCUGCUGGGUGGCGGCAUUGAGACGGGAUCGAUCACGGAGAUCUUCGGCGAAUUCCGCUGUGGCAAGACCCAGAUAUGUCACACCCUGGCGGUCACCUGCCAAUUGCCCAUUAGCCAGAAGGGCGGCGAAGGCAAGUGCCUGUACAUCGACACGGAGAACACCUUCCGUCCGGAGCGACUGUCUGCCAUUGCGCAGAGAUUCAAGCUAAACGAGGCCGAGGUGCUGGACAAUGUGGCCUGUUCCAGGGCCUACAACUCCGACCAGCAGACCAAGCUCAUCCAACUGGCAGCGGGCAUGCUCUUUGAGUCCAGAUAUGCCGUGGUCAUUGUGGACAGUGCCAUGGCUCUCUACCGAUCGGAUUACAUAGGACGCGGUGAGCUGGCAGCCAGACAAAACCAUCUGGGUCUGUUCCUGCGCAUGCUCCAACGCCUGGCCGACGAGUUCGGAGUGGCGGUGGUCAUCACCAACCAGGUGACUGCCUCGCUGGACAGCGGGCCGGGCAUGUUUGCCGGCGAUGCCAAGAAGCCCAUCGGGGGCCACAUCAUGGCCCACUCCUCCACCACCCGGCUGUAUCUGCGCAAGGGUAAGGGCGAGACGCGCAUCUGCAAGAUCUACGAUUCGCCCUGUCUGCCCGAAUCGGAGGCCAUGUUCGCCAUUCUACCGGAUGGCAUAGGCGACGUCAAGGAGGGCAACUGAUCCUCCAUAGCUUAGGGCAGCGAAUGAAUGCUUCAUUUACUUUAGAUUACACCCGUUUAAGUUUCUCUAUUAAUAUUAAACUAUUCAUUGUGUUAAAUACUUUUAUUUUGUAUGUCUGAGCAUCGUCAAUGGAAACUCAAUUAAAAACUCAAACAAGGUCUGAGAGUA